CCUUGUGGCGGUGGAGGCCUCCACGUCACAUUCCUGCUAAAGUCCAAGAGCUCAAGGAGGUGUCAGCAGCCUGCGUGGAGGCAAGAAGAUGCCGUCCCCAGGGUAUAAGUACGGAGCGGCUGCCAAGGCAGAGCUGCAGAGCAGAAGGAGCCUCGCUGGAGAAGGUCUGUUCCCGAGAGGACUUUGCGUGCCGUUUCCUGCCAGCCACCAUGUCUCCGAAGGCAGCCGCCUUCCUCCUCGGACUCUUGAUUGCCACCACAGGGGCCCAAGAUAGCCCCUCUCCCCAACAACUGACUGACUUGGUCUGGCAGUACGUCGCCCAGCUGAGCAGCAAUGCCAGGGAGACCCUGAGGCAGGCCCAGCAGUCGGACAUCAGCAAGCACGUCACGGACCUGAUCCAGCAACACCUCCAGGCCAUCAACCCCUACAGCCAGGAAGUGCAGGAGAAGUUCCUCCUGUACAUCACGCAGCUGCAGACCCAGAUGAUGGAAGAAGGGGAAAAGGUGAAGGAAAAACUCAAGAGGGAGCUGGAGCAGCUGCAGGCAGAUGUUGCUCCCUUUCUGGUGGAGGCCCAGAACCAGGUCACCACGACUGCCGAGAACCUAAAAACCCAGCUGGCGCCCUACAUGGAGCAGCUGCAAACCACCACAGACAUCCUGUCCACCCAAAUCGAGCAGAAACUGGCACCUUUAGUGCAGGAGCUGCAGGCCCGGUUGAAGGAGAACGUGGGGGACCCGGCCAGCCUCUCCCCCUACGUCCAGAGGCUUCAGGAGACCAUCAACCAGCAGGUGGCAGACCUCAAGGUGCAGCUGGGCCCUUUCCCUGCGGAGCUGAAGGCCAAGGUGGACCAGGCGGUGGAGGAGCUGUACAAGAGACUGUCCCCCUACGCCCCGACCACGCCGGAGCAGCUGAGGCGGCAGAUGGAAGAGCUCUCCUUCCAGGUGGGAAAGAGCGCGGAGGCCUUGCGGGAGAAGCUCCAGGAAGAAGCCGAGCAGUUGCGGGCACAGCUCGACACGCUUCUGCAGGGAGACCUGGCCUCCCACCUGAACAGCCUGAACACGGACGUCAGGCAGCAGAUUGAGGACUUCCGCCAGCGGGCGCUGUCCCAAGGGGAAAGCUUCAGCGAUCUGGUGGUGGAAAAGGUGCAGAAGCUGGGCCAGAGAUUGCAGCCCCAUGCCAGCGGGCAGGAGGACCAACUGAGCACCCUGGAGGGGGAAGUCAAGGAGAAGAUCAUGGCCUUAGUGAACAGCCUCCAGCAGACCGAGGAGCAGCUCCUUCACACCCAGGAAGAAGCAUGAGGGAGGGGAGCCCAGCAGCUCUUCCAGGAGACUCCAAUUGUUGUUGCUUGAAAUAAAAGAACUGCUCAGCCACC